AUGUCGCACUUUCCAUACUCCAUCCUUGAGAAAGUUUUCCAGGUUGCUUUUGAAGUACAUAGAUUAGCUGAGGAGGAGGAAGGGGAAGAGGAGGAAGACGUGGAAGAGGAGGAGGAAGUGGAAGAGGAGGAGGAAGUAGAAGAGGAGGAGGAAGGGGAAGAGGAGGAGGAAGUAGAAGAGGAGGAGAAAGUGGAAGAGGAGGCGGAAGGGGAAGACAAAGAAGUGCAAGAGGAGGAAGAGGAAGGGAAAGAGGAGGAAGAGGAUGAGGAGGAGAAAGAAGGUGAAGAAGAAGGGGAAGAGAAAGAAGUGGAAGAAGAGGAAGAAUGGGAAGAGGACAAGGAUGAAGAGGAUGGAGAGGAGGUUGAGGAGGAAGAAUGGGAGGAUGUGGAAGAGUUGGAGGAUGGAGAGGAGGUUGAGGAGGAAAAAUGGGAGGAUGAGGAUGAGGAGGAAGAAUGGCAGGCUUCUGACAGUGACACCAUCUCUUCCACAUUAUUUGCCUCUUUGAAAAUCACUUUACCGUCCUUCUGCCCUUCUCCACCAUCCUCGCUCUCAUCCUGUCCUCUCUUCUGGGGCAGCCUAGAUGAGGUGGAAGCGGCGGUUUCGUGGAUGCAGAGGUUUUCCCAGAGUUACCAGAGCUCUUGCUCCCUCACUUCAUGUGGCAACUUAGAUGGAAAAUAUGGCAACCCAGAAGAAGAGAGUUUAAACACUUUGAAGUUGACAGACAAUGAUUCCUCCUGGCGAAAACUAAAAAAGCGAAAGGUGACUGAACUGGUGAAUCUCCUGAUCCUCAAAUACAGAAUGAAAGAACCUAUCAAAGAAGUGGAAAUGCUCAGCAUUGUCACAGAAGACUACAAGAAACAAUUCCCUAGCAUCCUUCAGGAAGCUUCAAAGUGCUUGGAGAUGAUUUUUGGCAUUGUUCUAAAGGAAAAUGAUCCUGUGAACAGCUCUUAUGUCCUUACCAAUGCACUGAACCUCACAUACGAUGACAACAAAGAGAAAUUGCCUAGAAAUGGCUUUCUGAUAGUUAUUCUGGGUGUGAUAUUUGUAGAGGGGAACUGUGCCUCUGAAGAAAGCAUAUGGGAAUUCCUGAAUAUGAUGGGAAUAUAUGAUGGGAAGGAACACUUCAUUUAUGGGGAGCCCAGGGAAUUUCUCACUAGAGAUUUAGUGCAGCAAAAUUAUCUGAAAUAUAGGCAGGUGCCCAAGAGUUGUCCUACAAGUUAUGUGUUCCGGUGGGGUCCAAGAGCCUCCUCUGAAACCACCAAGAUGGAAGUUCUAGAAUUUUUGGCCAAAUUUACAGGAAGGAACCCGAUUUCUUUUUCCUUUUUGUAUCAGGAGGCAUUGAGAGAUGAGGAAGACAGGGCUGGAGCCAGGAAGGGCUCCACGGAUUAG